AUGAUUUCUCAGACAACUCUCAUUUUUCUCGGCGUUUCUUACCUUCCAAACAAACGGCGAGAAAGUACAGAGAAAGCAGUGCCUAGUGUGAGAAACUAUAUUCAUUUACUACAAAGAAGAAAAGUCCAAUGAUAUAAGGUCUAAUCGAUUUGUUCUUAGUUGCUUCAUUUUCCACCCGUAACUUCUCGAACAAUCCGCCAUUGAUUUUCUCGGCUCGAUCUCAAAGUUCCUAAUAAUGAUCGGUGCUUGACCACAGGGUGUCGUAUGUCUGAAAAAUAUUGUCGAGUUUGUAUGAAGAUAUUUUCACCGUAGGGUAAUCUUCCACAAAGGUUGAGAGAUAUGGAUUUUGCUUGUAGUUUUAGGCAGCCGAAGGUGUACCAUGGCUGUGAGGGUACAAGCUAUAAGGCUUUGUAUCGUUUUAAUUCCCAUUCGCAGUUUAAAAGCAGAGGUUUUGGCUGCAACUUUAUGGGUAAUUCGAGAGUUAUUUUGAAGCCACAUUUAAGUAAGAAGUCAAAAGAAAUUAUUGCUUCUAGUAGUUCCAGGAACUCAACUAGGGUUGACACUGGUGACUUUCAUAGUCAAUUUUGGAGUUCAAAUUUGAGAUGGUCUUUCUUUAAAGGGUCAAGAGCAGUUUGGACAUGGUGUCAAAGUAAUGAUUCUUUAGCAUAUGCUAAUGGGAAUGGUCAAAAUGUGGAUUUCAUGGAAAUUAGUGAUGAAAACUCAGGAGUUGAUGGUGGUGAGUUUAGUGGUUUCAGAGAAGAAGAGGGGCAAGGAGAAGAAGUGGAAGUACCUAGCGUGGAUGAACUGAGGGAAUUAUUGCAAAAGGCAAUGAAAGAACUAGAGGUUGCACGGCUCAAUAGCACUGUUUUUGAGGAAAAGGCUCAGAGGAUAUCGGAGACUGCAAUUGCCUUGCAGGAUGACGCAGCAAGUGCUUGGAAUGAUGUUAAUUCUACCCUUGAUGCUAUCCAAGAGAUAGUGAAUGAAGAGUGCAUUGCCAAGGAAGCUGUUCAAAAAGCAACAAUGGCUCUCUCAUUAGCCGAGUCAAGGCUUCAGGUGGUGGUAGAAUCGUUGGAGGUUGCAAAAGGAGGAAAUAAUUCUUUGGAAGAUUCUGGAGAGCGUGAUGUGGAAAAUAAAAUUAAUGAAGUGGAAAAAGCGCUUCCAGCUGCUCAGAAAGAGAUUAAGGAAUGUCAGGAGAAUUUGACAAAUUGUGAGGUAGAGUUGAGGCGUGUACAGAGUAAAAAGGAGGAGUUGCAGAAGGAAGUGGGCAGGUUGAAUGAAGUUGCAGAGAAAGCGCAACUCGAUGCCUUGAAAGCAGAGGAGGAUGUGACGAACAUUAUGCUUUUAGCAGAACAAGCUGUUGCCUUUGAACUUGAGGCCACACAACGUGUGAAUGACGCAGAGAUUGCAUUACAGAGGGCAGAUAAACAUCUGUCUAGUUCUUAUGCUGAUCCUUCAGAAACGAUCCAAGGACAGGCCGUGAUUGAGGAGGAGAACACAGACCAAGGUGUUUCUGGUGAUGUUUCUGUUGAAAGGGACAGUGAUGUGUCAACUGAUGGUGAUUCCUUUGUUGUCAAGCCUUUACCAGAUAGUCAACCUGGAAAAAGCAAUCAGAGUUCUGAAUACUUGAAUCAAUCUGAUGAUCAGAGUGAUCAUGAGAAUGGAAAGUUAACUCUAGACUCACCUAAGGAAGCUGAAUUAGAAGCAGAAAAAUCAAAGACUGCGGUUCAGACAAAAAAACAGGACAUGCAGAAGGAUUUGACAAAGGAGAUGUCACCCUUUAAUGCUCCCAAGGCAUUAGUAAAGAAAUCUUCUCGCUUCUUUUCUGCAUCAUUUUUCUCCUUUACUGUAGAUGGGACUGAGUUGACACCAUCAUCAGUUUUCCAUGGUCUCAUGGAGUCUGUGAGGAAGCAAUGGCCCAAGCUAGUUGUUGGGUUGUUGCUAUUUGGAGCAGGGGUCACCUUCUAUACUAAUCGAGCUGAGAGGAAUACUCAGCUGCUGCAACCUCCAGAUGUUGUCGGCACUAGUGUUGAAGCUGGUAUAGAAGAAGUAUCCUCAAGUGCAAAGCCUCUGAUUCGACAAUUACGGAAAAUACCUAAGAGAGUUAAAAAACUAAUUGCUCAGCUUCCGCAUGAAGAGGUGAAUGCGGAGGAAGCUUCCCUCUUCGACAUGUUGUGGUUACUGCUUGCUAGUGUAAUAUUUGUGCCUAUAUUUCAGAAUAUUCCUGGAGGAAGUCCCGUUCUUGGUUACUUGGCUGCUGGGAUCUUGAUUGGGCCCUAUGGCCUUUCCAUCAUUCGUCAUGUCCAUGGGACAAAGGCAAUUGCUGAAUUUGGAGUUGUUUUCUUGUUAUUCAAUAUUGGCCUUGAGCUCUCUGUUGAAAGGCUAAGUUCCAUGAAGAAAUAUGUUUUUGGUUUAGGCUCUGCUCAGGUUUUGGUGACAGCAGUGGUGGUUGGCUUGGUUGCCCGUUUUGUUUGCGGGCAGACUGGUCCUGCUGCAAUUGUCAUUGGGAAUGGCCUGGCUUUAUCAUCUACUGCUGUUGUAUUGCAGGUGUUGCAAGAACGAGGUGAGAGCACAUCACGCCAUGGACGUGCUGCAUUUUCUGUUUUGCUUUUCCAGGAUUUGGCUGUUGUUGUUUUGCUGAUACUCAUUCCUCUUAUUUCACCCAAUUCAUCCAAAGGCGGGGUUGGCUUCCAAGCCAUUGCUGAAGCUCUUGGACUGGCUGCUGUUAAGGCAGUGGUUGCCAUCGCUGCCAUAAUUGCCGGUGGACGCUUGUUGCUUCGACCAAUCUAUAAACAAAUUGCAGAAAAUCAAAAUGCAGAAAUAUUCUCUGCCAAUACACUUCUUGUUAUUCUGGGGACCAGUCUACUUACAGCCAGGGCUGGACUUUCAAUGGCAUUGGGAGCAUUUUUAGCUGGAUUGCUCCUUGCAGAAACUGAAUUUUCUUUGCAGGUUGAGUCUGAUAUUGCUCCAUAUCGUGGCCUUCUAUUGGGUCUCUUCUUCAUGACGGUUGGCAUGUCUAUCGAUCCAAAACUUCUUGUUUCAAACUUUCCAGUCAUUAGUGGGACAUUGGGACUCUUGAUUGGUGGCAAGACAAUAUUGGUUGCUCUAGUUGGUAGGCUUUUUGGUAUUUCAAUUAUAUCUGCAAUACGAGUUGGUCUUCUUCUGGCACCGGGUGGAGAAUUUGCCUUUGUGGCUUUUGGUGAAGCUGUUACUCAGGGUAUAAUGUCUUCUCAGCUAUCAUCUUUGCUGUUUCUGGUGGUGGGAAUUUCGAUGGCCAUCACACCUUGGCUAGCUGCUGGAGGCCAGUUAAUGGCCUCUCGCUUUGAGCUGCAUGAUGUUCGAAGUUUAUUACCCGUUGAGAGUGAGACGGAUGAUUUACAAGAUCACAUCAUCAUUUGUGGAUUUGGACGAGUUGGCCAGAUCAUUGCCCAGCUUCUUUCAGAGCGAUUGAUUCCUUUUGUUGCUCUCGAUGUGAGGAGUGAUAGAGUGGCCAUUGGACGUGCCCUGGACCUUCCUGUGUAUUUUGGAGAUGCUGGUAGUCGAGAGGUCCUUCAUAAAGUUGGUGCUGAAAGAGCAUGUGCAGCAGCAGUAACUCUAGAUACCCCUGGUGCAAAUUACAGAACCGUUUGGGCUUUGAGCAAGUAUUUCCCCAAUGUGAAGACCUUUGUCCGAGCUCAUGAUGUUGAUCACGGCCUUAAUUUGGAAAAGGCAGGGGCUACAGCGGUGGUCCCAGAGAGCUUGGAACCAAGUCUGCAGUUAGCAGCUGCUGUUCUUGCUCAGGCAAAACUACCGGCAUCCGAAAUCGCAGCGACAAUCAAUGAAUUCAGGUCCCGGCAUUUGUCGGAGCUGACUGAGCUAUUAUGUCAAAAUACUGGAAGUUCUCUCGGUUAUGGAUUUUCUCGAGGCGCUGGUAGACCCAAAACUCAAUCCUCAGAUCCUUCGGACGAGAACCAUGUCACUGAAGGGACGCUGGCAAUAUAAACAAUAUUGAGAAUAAACCAACUAGAAGAAAAAAAGGAACAUGAAGAACUUUAUAGCGGCUUACGUUUUUGUUUUUUGCUAUAAAUUGUACAUAGAAAUCCUGGAAAAAGAAACAAAAAGGGAAAAGGGACCUUCAUAGGUAUGCUUUUUCAUGGAUUAUUCCCUUUUUUUUUUUCUUUUUAAUUUUGUUGUUGCUUUCCCAUGCUGGGUAAAUUUUGCUAAACUCCGUUGUUAAUGUUUUUGUUGUAGACAAACCUUUCUAUAAUAUACACUAGUACUAAUUUCCGGUUCACCAGACCAA